AUGCAUCUCUAUCUUGUUGAAUCACUGCUUUCACAAAUCUCUAAAAUGUAUCUUCUGCUUAUUGCCUUUGCCAUCGCCAUCCUGACUUACCUUCUAAUCUCAACACUUCUUGGUAUCUUUCGUGCUGUGCGUUCUCCGCUUCAAAAGAUUCCCGGACCAUGUCACGCAAAAUAUGGCCCGAUAUGUCGUCUUGGUCCAAGACACGUCUGGGUUUCCGACAAAGAGUCUCUGAAGCAGAUCCUGUCAACCAUCGACCUCCCCAAGGUUGCCAUGUACGCCGAGAUUUCUCGAGAUCGAACGAGUCCUGGCCUCUUUGGUGAAAUUCGAUUCCAUCCCCAUAAGCGCCUCAAGAGGUUCCUUUCUCCAGCGUUCACAGUGGGCUAUGUUGAUAAUUUAGAGUCAGUCUUCAAGAGCGUAAUGCGAGACCUUCUUCAAAAUUACGUGGCACUUUUGGCUGAAAGUGCCCCGACUGUAGAUACAGUCCAGACUGAUCUCAUGGAUGACCUUCACAAAGCUGCGCUUGAUAUCCGCGAUAGCAUGGGAGAAAGUUCAUUUAGCAAGGGCUUCGGGCAGAUUAAACCCAACGAAGCUUCUGGCGACAGGCAGAUGGAUGAGACAUGGAAGUCCAUUCCGAGAGCCAUUUUUGAUGGUCUCGCAGACAGAUACAAGUACGUCUACAUCAAAAGAUUUCUACGACGAAUCGGAUUCAAUGUCGAGUUUGAUUGGCCCAAGCAAAUGAUUAUGGCUAUCGACUCGAUCGUUCGUCAGCGCUCAGAUGAGAAAAAGCACUCGCCCGAUCUUCUUCAGCAUCUCAUUGAAAACGGUAAAAGGCCCGAUAAUGAACAAACAAUGAACUCGCGAGACAUUCUGGACCAGAUGUCCGAAAUCCUUCUCGCUGGCUCAGAAACGACCUCUGGUACCAUUGCCUGUUUGUUCCUGGAGCUUGCACGUAAUCCUCGAGUCCGUGCUAAGCUGCUCGCAUCCCUCCCUACCAUCAGCCAUGAUGACGUUGACGAUAUCAUUGUUAGCAAGACUGUUCGUGAUUCAGCAGACUAUCAGUAUCUGGAAGCUUGUAUCAAGGAAAAUCUUCGGCUGCAUCCUAUUGCAUCCGAGAUGGGUCGUCGUACUGGUAACCAGUGGAUCAACUUGAUGGGAUACGACUUGCCUCCGCACACGGUAGUCUCUGCCUCAUAUCGAGACCUUCAUCGCAACGAAGAUUACUGGCCUGAUGCUUUGAGCUUCAUCCCUGAGAGAUGGCUCCCUGACAAGGAGAGAGGCGACUACCCUGCAGCUGAUACAACCGCAUACUUUCCUUUCUCUGCUGGAAGACACUCCUGCAUCGGUAUCAACUUUGCCUGGGCAGAGAUGAGAAUGAUUGCUGCUAAUCUUCUCACGAGAUAUGACCUCACAGAGGUGCCAGGACAGAUAGUUGACUUCCGCCAGUUUAUUACAAUGCAAUUCCAUACAGGCCACUGGAACGUGCUUCUACAGAAGCGAAAGUAA